AUGGGUGUUGUAGGUCUACCAUUAAGUGUAUAUAUGAUUUCACAAUUAAAUGCAAAGUCAAAUAUGUACGACUAUUCAUCUCAAGUGGUCAAUAUGGACGAUCAAGACUUUGAAAAAGUUGCGAAAAAUGAUGACGAAGCAACAAAUCAUUUCAACAAUGAUAAUGACAAUAAUGAUAAUCUUUUUCCUCGAACGAAUCGAUGUGAAGCUACCACGAUCACCAAUCAUAUUCUUCAAUCAAUCAACCAAUCACAGAAAAAGCACAAAAUACCAACAACAGUUCAGAAAAUACCGACACAUAAUCCUUAG